AUGGGGAGCAUUCCGGCUCGAAAAUACAGCUUCGAGAGUGUGAAGGGUUUCUUCCUGCAAGACGACCCAGCUACGAAUCAAACGGAUUUCCAUUACGAAGCGGUGAACUUUGGCCUGAUAGAUCGCGCUUACGAUACGGACACGCCAGGCGACGCAGACUUGACUCAAUGGCAGCGGUUUGCAGCAUAUGUUCGCCACCUCAUCGAGACAAGCCCAGCGGACACUACCUACAAGCUCAUCUACAACGGUCGGCAUGGCGAGGGCUAUCACAAUGUCGGCGAAGCCAAAUAUGGCACUCAAGCCUGGAAUGAUUAUUGGUCGAAGCUCGACGGCGACGGCGAACUGUACUGGUUUGAUGCGCAUCUGACGGCAAAGGGGACGCAGCAGGCACUGCACAACCAUGCCUUUUUGAAGCGCCAAUUCGCCCAAGAAAAAAUGCCUGCGCCGCAGAAGUAUUACUCCAGCCCGUUGUAUAGGUGCCUGCAGACGGCAAACCUCACGUACCUGCACCUCGAUGUGCCUGUCGACGCGCCUUUCACACCAACCAUCAAAGAAAUGAUGCGUGAGGUCAUGGGCGAGCACACUUGCGACAAACGGAGCAGUAAGGCCGUCAUUCAUAAGGCUGUGCCGAGCUGGAACAUCGAAACCGGCUUCACGGAGGAGGAUGAGCUCUGGCGGCCCGAUCAUCGGGAGACAUUUGCCGAGCAUGAUGCUCGCACGCACGCACUGCUCGAGGACAUCUUUGAGCAUGACUCGCACGCCGUACUAUCCUUCACCAGCCACUCUGGAGCGAUAGCCAGCUUGUUGCGCGUGAUGGGGCAUCGAGAAUUCGGACUCCCUACGGGUGCGCUGAUCCCGCUUUUAGUCAGAGCUACCAGGACACAGUGA